UGUUCCUCACUCCUCGGCUCAGCACUGAGAGAGCCGCAGCGGUCAGUCCGGCUCCGUCGGGGUACUGUAACGCAGCACAAGUUGCGCAAGGCUUUUUUUUUUUUUUUUUACUUUUUUUCUCAUCAAAAUGAAUUCGAAAAUGCAAUAACAGCCGAGCUGUUGCGUUGUUUCCUAGUCUCCGCUGGAGAAAGUCGACAUCACGCCGUCCGGGAGGAGUUGGAAGGACUUUUUAGAGAGAAAAGGAGACCACUGAGGAGGAGACAUGAGUUUGGUGGACGUGAGGCAUACGGCUGGGUCCCUGACCCUGUCUCUGUCCAGCAAUGACUCCAAAGAGCACCAUUUCGACAGUGUGGGCGACAGCGACCCGGAGUCACAGCGUGGCAGGACCCUGUCGCCAGACCUGAGGCAGGACUUCAACAUGAUGGAGCAGAAGAAGAGGGUCACCCAGAUCCUGCAGAGUCCAGUGUUCAAAGAUGAGCUAGAGGGCCUAAUACAGGACCAGCUGACGAAGGGCAACAACCCCUCAGGUCUCCUGGCUCUGAGGCAGAUCGCUGACUUGGUCAUGGCCAGCGCCGUGGGAGGUGCUGGCCCUUUGACUUCACCCAUCAGCUUUGGGAUGGUGACCCCAGUAAACGACUUGUACAGCUUUGAGUCUCCUUGUUUUGCCAAAGGAGAGAAACAGAGUCGCUGUAAACUGGCCACCCUCUACAGGCUUGUUGACCUCUUCACCUGGGCUCGUUUUACAAGCUCCUACAUCACUGUGCGCGUCAGCAAAGAGCAGGAUCAUGUUCUCAUCAGUCCACAAGGCCUGUCAUUCGCUGAGGUGACGGCAGCAAAUUUGAUGAAAGUCAACAUAAUUGGUCACGUUGUGGACCAGGGUUCCACUGACCUGGGCCUUGACUAUUUUGGAUUUGCUCCUCAUGCCGCCAUUUAUUCGAUGCGGCCUGAUGUGCGAUGCAUCAUCCAUAUACACACCCCCGGUACAGCUGCUGUGUCCUCGAUGAAAUGUGGAAUCCUGCCCAUUUCCCAGGAGGCUUUGCUGCUGGGAGAUGUGAGCUGCUUCGGUUACCAUGGCAGCCUGGAUAAUAAAGAGGAGAAGGUGGAGUUUCAGAAAGCUCUGGGCCCGACUGCCAAGGUGAUGCUUUUGAGGAACCACGGGCUGCUUGCAUUAGGAGAAACAGUGGAAGAAGCGUUUCAUUAUGUGUACCACUCGCAGCAAGCUUGUGAAAUCCAGAUAAAUUCUCUGAGGUGUUCGGGCGGCGUGGACAACCUUGUGCUCCUGGACAGGGAGAAGUUUAAACCUCGCACCCAGGGCGUGGCUGUUGCCGGGGUGGUCAUUGACAAUGAAGUCAAGUGGAAGGUGGGCGAGGCUGAGUUUGAGUCCCUCAUGAGGAUGCUGGACAACCUGGGAUACAGAACAGGCUACUCCUAUCGGAACCCCAUCGUCCGUGAAAAACCCCGGUCCAAGAACGACGUGGAAAUCCCCGCCACGGUCUCGGCCGUGUCGCCGGAGGACGGCGAGCUGGGUCUGCGCAGCCCCUUCAAGUUUAUGGCCCAAAAGCAGCAGAGAGAAAGGACCCGGUGGCUCACGUCACCCAACAGCUACUUGAAGGUCAACGUCCCUGAACGGUCACCCAGCGGGGAUGUUAGCCCCAGGACCAAAAUCAUGUGGAUGAAGUCGUCACAGCCAGGCAACAGCGUGGGGACUCCAAUUAAAAUUGAGGACCUUAACCAGUUUGUCCCACUUAACACCAAUCCUACAGAGGUUUUGGAUAGAAGGAAUCGGAUAAAGGAACAGCACAGAGGUGAUCAGAUGACUCCGGGACCAAAAUCUCAAUUACUGGCAGGCAUUGUGGUGGACACCAAACCAGGACCAGCCUUCAUUAUUGAAGAUGAGGAGCUCACCCGGUCUCUUCCACCCAACCCCUUCAAUGAUCUCACUGAGAAGGUACUGGAAGAAUAUAAGAGCCUGGUAGAAGGAAAGCAGCAAGGGCAAGAAGAGGAUGAAGAUGCCACUGAUGCUGAUGAGAUGACCACAUUUGAUGGUUCUACUAUCUCCCUGUCACUUUCUCCUAUAAUGACACCAGCUAAACAAGACACAAUAGCUAAUGGGAAGGACCACUUUUCAGAGAUGGAGGAGGAUCUGAGCAUCGAGGUAUCCAAGCUGAGCGUGAGCACUUCAGAAACGGUGGAAAUCUCCAUAACAACGAAGGAGAAGAUGGGGGAGGCUAAGACCCCGGAGAGCCAGACCAAGUCCCCCAAGAAAAAGAAGAACAAGUUCCGCACACCUUCUUUCUUGAAAAAGAGCAAGAAAAAGAAAGAGGAGAAGGGAAAAGCUGAAGCCUGAGUAUGUUUUCUGUAUGAGCAAAGCGUGAGAGGAAAAACGAAAUGAAUUCCUUAUUUUUGUUGUGUUGAAAGGAAGUGAAAUAAAAGACACGGACAGAGUCUGACAGGAGAAUCUUCUGUAUGGUUCGCCUUGUUCACUGCUAUCAUUCCAAGUUUUUUCAAUAUGUGUCAGUGGGACAUUUUUUUAAACUGACAGUUUAUGACUGACCACUGAGAGCUUCAUACAGAUAAAUCAGAUCGAAAGUGAAUGCAAAACAGCAUUCAUGUACUUCUUACCCAUAUUUGUAAUGGGAUUUCAUGGGUAUUAUGAAGUAGUUCAUAAAAUGAAACAUCAAGGUGGACUUAAAUUUUUUGUGAUUAUUAUUGCACACAUUGUUGAAUGUAUUCAGGAUUUAGGAUUUUUUAAACACUGUUUAGUUAACAGUCAUACAAGCAGUUUAAGGGUGGCUGAAAAGUUUAAAGUUAUAUGAUGUUUAGCCUUAUAAACAGUAUGAUUUGGAUUUGAGCUUUGAAUCUCAUCAUAGUUAUACUUCCAUGUAAUAAUAUGUGUGUUCAUAUAACAGCUAUAACGGUAUAGUGUUUGGUAGUAAAUGAUUUGAUAGUCCUCAAAUACUCUGAUACUAAAACAUGCUGUGAUGAAUCAAACGGUAACAAUACAUGUUGUUUUUACACGUAUGUGUCAUUUACAUGUUUGCUCGUUUUAUGGUAUUUGUGAUGAGGAAUCAACUGUGACUAACAGAGAAAGGUCAGCAAAGUGAUGACUAUUUAUGAGUUUGACUCUGACUAAUAGUUACUUUUUUAUUAUGGGAUGGUAAUUGUGAAAGUUUCAAGCGUGAAUCACAGCAAGGGGAUUUUGAUGGCUGUUUUGUUUGUUAAACUUGUCACUCCAGGCAUGGGGCUUAGGAAAGCUUUUCUUCUGGCCCACUGUUGAAGUUUUACAUGAAGUACAAUAGAGGAUUGUAUAUUUUCAACCCAGUCAACAAUGUGAAUUGUUAGUUUAAACCCAAAGGGAGUGAACUUUUUCUUGUAAAUAGUUUUGUUUUUGUGAAGUUCCUUUGUUAUGCUAAACCAAAUAGCAAUGAAUCUUUAAAAAGUGACAGAACAAUCUAAUAUCAAUAUUUUAAGACUCCCUGUAUCAUAAUAUUGUUUUACUUACUUUAAUUAAGCUACAUAAUUUGUGUUUACAUUUGUAUUGCUUAUGUAUGCUUGUGUUUCCCCUUUUGUUUACAUUGCUCUUUGUAUUUUGAUUAGAUUUUUUUGCUUGACAAAAUAACACUUCCCGUAUGAAAUAAAGCUUUCGUUAAUACAAA